CACAAGUCAUAUCAACAAACUCAACACUCAAAGUAGAGAACUCGUAAGACUGCUAGAUCAUUCUCUCCUCCGGUGAAUCUUCAUUCUUCAACUUCAACGAUCAUGAUCUCUGUUGUAAUUAUUGCUGAGUUACUAGUGGAGUACACGACAGCUCUCGCUAAACUCACCGCCGGGAUUCUUCCGCGGCGGCAAGGCGACGGAAACUUCAUAAGGAUUGGCAAUUUCUCCAUGUAUUGUCCUCCUAGAUCCUCGCCCGUUCCAGAUUUCUCUUCGCAUCUCGUUGAUUUCUGAUCUUGUCAAUGUGUGUUUUCUCUUCUUUUAUUCUUUUGAUCGAGCAGAUGAGUCACAGCCGAGGAUUUUCUAAUUAACCUCUAUUUUUUUUUCUUUUGACUUUUGUAUUUCUAACUCUUUCUCCGUGUUAUAAUUAAUAGUCGAUUAUUUGUUUUCUUUACAAUAAUUAUGAAUUUUGUAUUUAUUGAAUUAUACAACAAAAAUGAUGACUUUGUUUU